AUGCCAGGCAGGCUGCACCAACUCAAGCAGCUGUUCAAAACCCUGGAGUUUGAGGGCUGGGGGACAUCCCUGUGCUGGUUUGCAAACAUUGCUGGAGGCUACUCCGAUCCCCUGCGAACUUACCUGGCGGAUCUGCUCUUCGAUGUCAGCAAGGGGCUGGGAAUGCAGAUUUGCCGGUACAACAUCGGUGGGGCUGGCUGGGGCACACUUGAUGUCCCAAACUUCCGCUAUGGGGCUGAUGUAGAAAGUUUCUGGGGCCCGGAAGGGCAGUGGGACUUUGCCCGGGACGCAAACCAGCGCUGGAUGCUGCUGGCAGCGCGCGACAGGGGGGCAAGCAUAUUUGAAGCCUUCAGUAACUCGCCUCCCUACUGGAUGACAGUCUCGGGGCGUUCCAGCGGCAAUGUCUUCCCCUGGCUGGACAACCUGCAGCCUCGUUACCAGGAUCAGUUUGUGCACUACUUGUGUGAGGUGGUCAGGUGGUACCACGACACCCACGGCCUCACCUUCAGGACGAUAGCGCCAUUCAAUGAGCCCAACACGAUCUACUGGUGGGCAGGCAACAAUCAGGAAGGGUGCCACUUUGAUGUGUCCAGUCAGAACACCAUCAUCACCAAACUGGCCCAGAAAUUGGAGGUGACUGGACUGGCUAAGUUAGGCGUGGGCAUCAGCGCAUCAGAUGAGACCAGCAUAGACACAGCGGUAUUGUCCUUCAAGGGGUACAGCCAGGAGUCCAAGGAAGCCAUCGCCCAGUACAACACCCACUCGUACCUGGGGAGCAUGCGCAAGGAGCUGCGGGAUCUGGUGCGGCCGACCGGGCGGCGUCUGUGGAUGUCCGAGUUUGGCUGCGGCUCCUCCCCGCCCUCCAGCAUGCCCGCCGCCCUCGAGCUCUCCUCCAUCAUCCUCAAGGAUCUGAACGUGCUGCAGGCGAACGCCUGGGUCUACUGGCAGGCCAUCGAGAAUUCUGAGAGCGGCAACUGGUGGGGGCUUAUGCAGGCACGCUCACUUCUUGUGCCGUUUCACACAGGGCGUUACAUAAUCCUGGGCAAGCAGUUCUACUGCCUCAUGCAGUACAGCCGCUUCAUCCGCUGUGGUGCCUCCAUCCUCCACAGUCCACAGCCAAAGAGUGUGCUGAUAGCAAAGGCAGCUCCAGACGCAGCGCGGCCAAAUCAGGCGCAGAUAGUCAUCGUGGCGACUAACGCGCUCUCAGACUAUGACGUGGUCAAUUUCGACCUGACCAAGUGCGGCAGCAGCGGGAUUGGAGAUGCUGAGGGGAUUAAAAUAGAUACCAAGGGGAGGGAAACGUUUGGCGAAGGCACCGCGCACAUUGACAUCCAUCGGACAUCAGUCAAUGAGAACUGCCAGAAGGUGGCAUCCAUGGAAGUGCCAACGCCUCUGCGCUUUGGCUGCGCUUUGCGGCCGCUCAGCAUCACUACCUUUGUUGUCACAUUCCAAGCUCAACAAUGA